UGUCUCCCAGCCGUGGCCCAGAGCCCCGUGGGGAGUGGUGGAGCCCCAGCCCUCCAGGACCCCUGCUGAGUGCCAGGCGCUGGGACAUGCCGGGCCGGUGCCACCCGCUGCUCGCCCUGGCGGGGCUGCUCUGCCUCGGGCCCGCCCUUGCCGAGGAGUGCACCAAGUACAAGGUCAGCACCUGCCGGGACUGCGUGGAGUCGGGGCCCGGCUGCGCCUGGUGCCAGAAGCUGAACUUCACAGGGCCAGGGGACCCCGACUCCAUCCGCUGCGACACCCGGGAGCAGCUGCUCAUGAGGGGCUGCCCGACUGAUGACAUCAUGGACCCCAGGAGCCUGGCCGAGCCCCUGAAGGACCGACAGGGGGCCCGGAAGCAGCUGUCCCCGCAGCAAGUGACGCUCUACCUGCGGCCAGGUCAGGCGGCCGCGUUCAACGUGACCUUCCGGCGCGCCAAGGGCUACCCCGUGGACCUGUACUACCUGAUGGACCUCUCCUACUCCAUGCUGGACGACCUCAUCAACGUCAAGAAGCUGGGCGGCGACCUGCUCCGCGCCCUCAACGAGAUCACGGAGUCCGGCCAGAUCGGCUUCGGGUCCUUCGUGGACAAGACGGUGCUGCCAUUUGUCAACACGCACCCCGACAAGCUGCGGAACCCGUGCCCCAACAAGCAGAAGGAGUGCCAGCCCCCCUUUGCCUUCAGGCACGUGCUGAAGCUGACCAGCAACGCCGGCCAGUUCCAGACCGAGGUCGGGAAGCAGCUCAUCUCCGGAAACCUGGACGCCCCCGAGGGCGGGCUGGACGCCAUGAUGCAGGUCGCCGCCUGCCCGGAGGAAAUCGGCUGGCGCAAUGUCACCCGGCUGCUGGUGUUCGCCACGGACGACGGCUUCCACUUUGCGGGCGACGGGAAGCUGGGUGCCAUCCUGACCCCCAACGACGGCCGCUGCCACCUGGAGGACAACAUGUACAAGAGCAGCAACGCAUUUGACUACCCGUCGGUGGGCCAGCUGGCGCACAAACUGGCCGAAAGCAACAUCCAGCCCAUCUUCGCCGUGACCAAGAGGAUGGUGAAAACCUACGAGAAACUCACGAGAAAUCAUCCCCAGUCGCCUGGGGAGCUGUCACGAUCCAGCAACGGUGGCCAGCUCAUCAAGAACCUAACAACGGAGUCCGCAGCGGAGGUGGGCGGCAGCCUGCUUCCAGGGCGGAUGCAGCUCCUGCAGCCCCGGCCCAGCCCUCAGGCCUCCUGGACGCCGGCCGGCCGCUCCCCCGGGAGCCGCGUCUCUCCGCUGCUGGCGUGGCGUGGCCGCCCGGCCCGCCGUUCUGUGUCUCUGUUUCUCCCCAUCUCUGUCUCUGUGACUGCCCCCAUCUCUGUCUCUGUGACUCUGGCUGUCCCAUCACCUAAGCAACCUCUCCAGCUCCUCCCUGUGCCGGGCCCUGCCCUCCAGCCCCGCCCUCACGGGCUCCACGCGUGUCCGCGGUGGUCCCUGCACUUGGCCUGUCUUGGGGCAGGACCUGGGCGUUGGCAGCCCCGCCAUCCACAGCACCUCCCGUGGCACUCGCCCUGGCGUGUGUGUCAUCAGUCCACGCCGGGCCCCCGAGGGACAUGGGAAGCAGCCGGUCCAGACCCGAGAGGGAGCCAGGCCGGCAGACGGCUCAGCCCUCAGCGCGCCACUCUCUGCCCACAGAAACUCUCCUCCAGGGUCUUCCUGGAGCACGGCGCCCUCCCCGACACCCUGAGAGUCACCUACGACUCCUUCUGCAGUAAUGGAGUGACAAUCACAGGCCAACCCCGAGGGGACUGCGACGGCGUGCAGAUCAACGUCCCGAUCACCUUCCAGGUGAAGGUCACGGCCACAGAGUGCGUCCAGGAGCAGACGUUUGUCAUCCGGCCACUGGGCUUCACGGACACGGUGACCGUGCGUGUCCUUCCCCAGUGUGAGUGCCAGUGCCGGGACCAGAGCCAGGAACGCAGCCUCUGCCAGGGCAAGGGCUCCUUGGAGUGCGGCGUCUGCAGGUGCGACGCUGGCUACAUCGGGAAAAACUGUGAGUGCCAGACGCAGGGCCGGAGCAGCCAGGAGCUGGAGGGAAGCUGCCGGAAGGACAACAGCUCCCUCGUGUGCUCGGGGCUGGGGGACUGCGUCUGCGGACAGUGCGUGUGCCACACCAGCGACGUCCCCAACAAGCAGAUCUACGGGCGCUACUGCGAGUGUGACAAUGUCAACUGCGAGCGAUACGACAACCAGCCCUGUGGCGGCCCCAAGAGGGGCCUCUGCUUCUGUGGCAAGUGCCGCUGCCUGGAGGGCUAUGAUGGCUCCGCGUGCCAGUGCCAGCGCACCACCGAGGGCUGCCUGAACCAGCGGAAAGUGGAAUGCAGUGGCCGCGGCCGGUGCAGCUGCAACCAGUGUGUGUGUGAGGGUAGCUACCAGCCGCCCCUGUGCCUGGAGUGCCCGACCUGCUCCUCACCCUGCAGCGAUCUCAGCUCCUGUGCCGAGUGCCUGCGGUUCGACAAGGGCCCCCUCGAGAAGAACUGCAGCGCGGUGUGCAGGAACCUGCGGCUGCUGGAAGUCCCUGCCCAGAGCGGCAGGACGUGCAAGGAGCGGGACUCGGAGGGCUGCUGGAUGACCUACACCCUGUGGCAGCAGGACGGGUGGGACCGCUAUGACAUCCACGUGGAGGAGAGCCGAGAGUGUGUGCAGGGCCCCAACAUCGCCACCAUCGUGGGGGGCACCGUGGCGGGCAUCGUGCUCAUUGGUGUCCUCCUGCUGGUCAUCUGGAAGGCCCUGACCCACCUGAGCGACCUCCGGGAGUACAAGCGCUUCGAGAAGGAGAAGCUGAAGUCCCAGUGGAACAACGAUAACCCCCUUUUCAAGAGCGCCACCACGACGGUCAUGAACCCCAAGUUUGCUGAGAGUUAGGAGCCCUUGGAGAAAAGAAGGCUGCCAGGGCCGGCCAGGCGGGACCCCCCCAGCUACAUCACCCCCAUCCUGCGACCGUGACGCGGCAGCACCAGUUACCCACACAUCCACUGUUGUUCCUGCCCCCGGCAUGACAGAUGUUUACACAGACUCCCCAGAAGGGACAGCACCCCCCAGCCACGGCACGGUCUCCCCAGACACGUGAGGAAGGACCGCACGAGUCCUGUGGGGCUGGAUCCUUGGGGCCUGCGUGAGUUAGGAGAGCAGUCUGAUCACAGGUGUUAUUUAUAUUUAAAUUAUCAGGACCUAAAACCACAUCCCAUUGAUUAUACUGUUAACGAAUCAUGUGCAUACAGAAAAAC